CCCUUCCCUAGUCUAAUCACGCUGUAAAAGUCAACUAAAAUUCUGGUCAUUUCUCUGGUUUGUACACUGAUCAAAAUGGUUGUUGCUCAAUAUAAAUAGUGUGAGAUGCAGCAAACCGAUUUCAUCAUUUUAUGAAAACAAAGCAAAGCCAAGCGCAGGGAUCCCAAGAAAAGAGAGAGUCAAGGAGUAAGAAUCUAAAGGCAGAAGCAGAGGAAGAUAGAUAUAUAUAGCUUAUAUAUAUAAAGCUGAAGUCCAGUAGUCUAGUUUUAUUUGCCAUGGCGGAUCAAUUUCAGAUUGGGGGUGGAAACUGGUGGGAUUCAUCAUCAAGAAACAGGUUUGACACGGGAUCUUCGCCAUCAUCAACGGCACUCAAUAGCACAGGAAGCUUUGGAUGGCCAUCAGAAAUAGUGGACACCAAACCAAGAUCCUCCAUAGAUUCAGGCUCGGUAUCUGGCACUUCAAACGUUUUCCAAGAUCCCCAGAAGCUGCAAGGCCCCGAUUCAAGCUUACAAAUGAUCGGUUUAAGCCUUCCUUCUCAAGCAAUGGAUUGGAACCAAGCUUUACUUCGUACUGGGAAAACCGAGAGCAGUUUCAGUUCGGUUCUUCAAGAGGACUUGAAUUCGAGUAGGAAUUAUCAGCAAGAAAGUGGGAUUGGAUCAUCUCAAGAACAUUGGAGACAGAAAAUGUAUUCUGGGAGCCAUGAAGAUUCUUCGGUGAGCGAAUUUAAGCAAAGGGGGGGCUUUUCUUUAGAACAACCACAGCAGUUCAGUUCUCAUAUCAGCUCUAGCGAAAGUAGCGUGACAUGCCAAGCCUUACCCUCUAGUUUUCAGAUAGAUUCAGCUGUGUAUGGAAGCCCUUCAACCAUGUUACAAGGCUUUUUAGGUUCCGAUAAUCAACCAGCGGAACUGUCUGCUUUCGAAAACCAAAACCGGUCCAUGAAUUUUCCUUAUCCUCCAAACUACGCCAUGAACUCUGGCGAACUCUUGCCUAAUUCUUGGUCUAAGUUCCCUCAGUUCAUGAGAAACUCACCUUCAAAACACACCCCACAUAGUCAGCUUCAAUUCUCCAAUAACGCCACGUAUUGGAAUGCAUCUGCAGCUGCCACCAAUGAUGUUAGAUCAAGCUUGUUCCAUCCCUUACAGCCCCAAUUUCCUAUGCAAAGCUUUGAUGAAAAAAUGAAGAAUACAUCAGAAGUGAGGGACUCAGGAAUGGCGGCGAAGAAAAGUAGCAAUGAACCAUCAUCCAAAAGGCCGCGAAGUGAAACACCAUCAACUUUGCCAGCUUUUAAGGUGAGGAAAGAGAAGAUGGGGGACAGAAUUACUGCACUCCAGCAAUUAGUUUCGCCUUUUGGAAAGACUGAUACAGCUUCGGUACUCUCUGAAGCAAUUGAAUACAUCAAGUUCCUCCAUGAACAAGUCAGUGUUUUAAGUACCCCAUACUUGAAAAGUGGAACUCCCAUACAACAACAGCAGAAUUCUGACAAAUCUAAGGACCCUGAAGGACCAAAGCAAGAUCUUAAAAGUAGAGGGUUAUGUUUGGUACCAGUUUCAAGCACAUAUCCGGUCACUCAUGAGACCACAGUCGACUUUUGGACCCCUACAUUUGGAGGAACUUUCAGAUGAAGGAAGCUAAUGAUAAGCCAACCAUAAUCGCGAUCGUAUGGAACUAAUUCUGUAGUAGCUGCAUUCCAACAAGUAUCUUAUCAAAACCCUAGCCAAGUUGGGGACGAUAAGAUUGGGAAAAAAACAGCGGAUCCGUAUAACUGUACUCGAUUGUCCAGAUUGAAAAAGAAAAGGGAAAUGCUGAAAGAGAAAGGAAAGGAAGAUGACCCUUUAAAGCACAGGGCAAUUGUUGGGCCAGCUGCAGGCAAAAUGAUGCAGCUUUAGCCAAUAUUAGGGACCAUCGAAUUCGAACAUAGUGUGGUAAUAAUUGAAGAAUUAUGAUUAUAGGGUUGGUUAGGAAUGAAAAACAGGUGCUAAAAUUUAGAGAGAGUAUAGAUUAGAUUAGAUAACAUUUGUUGUUUGUAGCUGAAUUUAAUUAGCUGAUAAAGGAGCUUUUGUUGUUGUA